AUGGGUCCUUUGACGUGUAGCCGCAACAAGCGUGGCGGAGAAUUUGAAUCUUCAUCACAAUCUAUUUCUGGUUAUGCCUAUUGCCACCCUCACAUCUCGAAGAAGCACAAGUCAUCAUCUUGCUGUUCGACUUCGGUUGCCGCAAAGCAGAGUUCGGUUUCAAGGCUUAGUCGAUAUCCGCAACCGGUGACCCAGAUUCCUAGAGAACUUCAUGCUCCUUGUAUAGUUGUUAAGGGAUUUACUGCAAACUCGAAAAGAUUAGAUAGUAGUUCUAGUGAAUAUAAUAGACAACAAGCAGAUAAAUUUGUUGACCGGAUGAGGAAUUUUUUCCGUGCGACGUGUGAAAGAGUGAAGGAAGCAAUUUUCGGCAGUCAUACGCAUGUUAAGUCUGAAACUGAGGAUGAGAUAGAUGUCGACAAUAUACAGAAUGUUAAUGAGGAAGAAGCUGCUUCACGGGAUUCAGAUGUUGAGGAGGUUGCAAUGGUGGAAGGUGAGAGAGAAGACAUUGACAAAUCAGGGGAUCUACAAGACAUCAUAGCUAAAUUUAGGGAAUUAGAUGGAGAGGCUGGAGAAAAUCUUGGCUUUCAGCCUUCUACUUCUUCAGGAGUGGUUUCACAGUUGACAGAUGGGAAGAAUUUAGAAUCAUUAUCACUGAACCACACUCACAGACCAGAUGAUUCGGAUGUAGAUGCAGGUUUGACAGAUUGGAAGAGAUUAGAAUCAUUAUCACUCAACCAGAGGCCAAAUGAUUCGGAUGUAGAUGCAAGUUUGCCUUACCAUAAAAAGCUAUUAGAAGAUUCAGCCAAAAAACACGACUCAAAUCUUAGGAGGUUGAGCUAUGAUAUCAGACUACAGGAACAAAAGAGAGCUUUGUAUAAGCAGUUGCAUCCUGUGAAGAAAGAGGAGGACACACUAAUUGAGCCUUUUCGGCCUCUUACAGAUGAUGAAGAGGAAAUGGUUGCUGUUGCAUUGUCCAAUUCUAGUCGAAGGAAGGUUUUGGUUACUCAUGAGAAUUCAAAUAUUACAAUCACCGGAGAAGUUUUACGGUGUUUAAAACCUGGCCAAUGGUUAAACGAUGAGGUUAUUAAUGUUUAUCUUGAGUUGCUGAAAGAGAGGGAACAGAAGGAACCAGAAAAGUUUCUAAAAUGUCAUUUCUUCAACACGUUUUUCUACAAGAAGUUGAUAAGUGGAAAGCUCGGCUAUGAUUACAAGUCAGUUAGAAGAUGGACUACCCAAAGGAAGUUGGGAUACAGUCUUCUUGAUUGUGACAAAAUAUUUAUCCCUGUUCAUAAAGAAAUACAUUGGUGCUUGGCUGUUAUCAAUAAAAAAGAAGAAAAAUUCCAGUAUCUAGACUCACUUGGAGGCAUUGACAAACAAGUAAUGGGAGUAUUGGCCAAGUACAUUGUUGAUGAGGUGAAAGAUAAGAAUGGGGAAGACAUUGAUGUUUCUUCGUGGAAGCAAGAAUAUGUGAAGGACCUUCCUAUACAGAAGAAUGGGUUUGAUUGUGGUGUGUUUAUGAUCAAAUAUGCAGACUUUUAUAGCAGGGACAUUGGCCUUUGUUUCAAACAGGAAAACAUGCCAUAUUUUAGGUUAAGGACUGCGAAGGAGAUACUGAAAUUGAGAGUCGACUGAAUGAAUACCUGUCACAUUAGUUUUUUUGUAUGUUGGUAUCGUGAGUUGUUGGAAAGGUGCCUUAGGCAAAUGGGUUGAGUGUUCAAGUGGUGCUUUUGAGGAAAGGUGUACAUUUUGGAGUAACGGAGUAGAAUAGGCGAUGUUUGAGUUUAGCUGUUCUAGAAAAAAAGUAAAUUAUUUUAGUUAAUUUAAGAAUUCAUUUUUGUUAAUUUAAUUAAAGUUAAAUGAAA